UACGAUCAAACUAACUUACAACACGGUGACUGAGUGCUCAGUGCCAGAGUACCAAAGUUCUUUCUCCCUCCAAUCGGCUUUUGCCAGCUUUGGCAACCUUCCCUCCUCAUAGUUUGAGAUAAGUAAGACAACAGUUACUAAGAUGACAGCACCUCGCAAAAGCAGCUUGAAAGCCACCAGCAAUAGCGAAGGCACGCCUUCUGUUGCCAAGGAUUCCAAGCUAGUAUCCUUCAACAGCGUCGAAAUUAUCUCCUUUCCUAUCACAUUGGGCGACAAUCCCGGCUUGAGCGAAGGCGCUCCCCUCACGAUUGGUUGGAAACCCACGAACCGCACGGUAGAAGACUUUCAUGUCUACGAAUAUGCCAAAAAGGGUCGCAAGCGACGUCGAGGGAAAAAGCUCAUGAUUCCAGCCGUUGAACGGGAAGUGUUGUUGCUGUCGUUGGGGUUCAAGAUGCAGGAUAUUUUGAAAGCAUCGGAACUGGGCGAAAAGGCACGCAAGGAACGCUUAAAGUCCUUUCACAACUCCAAAACAUGGGAUCGAUUCAGUGGGGUAUUGGAAACGGCCAAGACCAAAUUCUUCUUCAAGUCGGUCAAGAAUAGCAUUCCACUGUCCACAACGUCAGCAGCAACAAGCACAUCCACAACAGACAAGGGGGAAGCCGAAAAGGAUUUGAUCAUGGUGUCAUCGAGGACUGCUUAGUAAAGAUAGAUGAUGGCACACCCGGCAGAGUGUGCUACCCUCGGCACGUUCUUCUGAAACCCAGCCUCCCGAUCAAAAGAUCCACUUUUGAUAUUCAUCAUAGACCAUCAGCAUCUAAUUGCAUAUCCUGCAUAAUGACAAGAGCUUAAUUAAACAACAUUCUUAGAGCAAGCCCAAGAUUUGACGAUGCUGUUGGAUU